CAAUUGCGAUGUGUAUAUAUUUCCAUCCACUAGCGCUCAGCUGACGUUCUGACAAUCGAUGGUAGUGAUCGGAAAUAGAGCCUCCCGGGAUAUAGAAAAGUCUCAAGAUUAUGUUUAUUUAAUCGUGUCUUCCUUCAAUUGAUCUUAGAAUAGUUCAUACGAAAUGUCAGUCAGUAAUAUCGUUGCAUUAAAACCCGGGAGAACGCGUUUGUCAUUCAAGAUAUCAUUACUCUAGGUUAUGUUUUCGAAUCUCCGUUGCGUAUUUAUUAUCAGAUGAAUUUUUGACGUUUUUGUGAUGCCUUGGAUGGAGUUUCUCUGAGUCCAAUACAAUAUUCAUAGUUUAUUAAUUAGAGGCAUAGUAGAUUAAAAUGGACAUUAUAGACUUGGAUGUUCUCGAAACAAAUUCUCGUUCAAUAAAAAACUCCGGAGUAAGAUGCAACUGCAUAAGCUCAAACUCAGCCUGUUACAUAGCAGUGACAAUCGCCACUCUGGGAUUUCUCGGAGCAAUUGUUUUCAUUUGUAGAGAUUACAUAAAAGUCCUGCUGUACUGGAUCGAGCACCAGGACACGUGGGUGAUAACAGUGAUCGUCACAGCACUCUUCACAGUCGUUUCCUUUCCAAUAGUCAUUGGGUACCUGUUCCUUAUAAUUGCCAGUGGAUAUUUAUUCGGCAUUGUCAGGGGUAUUGCCAUGGUAGUAUUGGGAGCAAAUCUGGGGAUUGCUGUCGCCCAUACUACACUCAGUGCUUUAUCCCCAAAAUUACCUAUUGGGGCAUUGUUGAGAAGUGAAACAGCGAGAGCUAUCUUGAGAGUCAUAUCAGGACCACAGGCCUUCAGAGUAGUACUCUUCGCAAGACUCACACCUAUUCCAUUUGGACUGCAAAACACGAUUUUUGCUGUCAGCAAUAUCAGUGGUCUAAGAUACCACAUCGCAAGUGCAAUCGGUCUUCUCCCAGCGCAAAUAAUCAAUGUUUACCUUGGAAGUAGUCUAAGGUCGAUGCAGGAUGUAUUAGAAGAUAAACAUACAGCCACAACUGGAUACAUCGUAUUCUGCAUUCAGAUACUCGUAGCUGUCUCACUGAUGGUCUACGUUGUGCAAAAAGCACGUCGUGAGCUGCAUCUCGCCCUCCUGGAGGCAGAUCUCGCCUCCAUGACAGAUAGUUCUCAUUAUCUUCAUGACUCAUUACCCGAAUCCAAAGGAUCACUCGUGACACUCAUUGCGUAAUUCCUUAUGUAAUUAUUGACAUAAAAAAAUAUUGAAUAUUCUUCUCAAGACCUGCAGGACACAUCGAGGUAGGUCUCGUCUUCAUUCAGUACUCGUUAUCGUGAAUAAGUCGAAUAUGAUUUUCUUUCAUAAACGAAAAGUCUGGAAAAUAUUCAAUCGGUCUAGCUGUGCCAAAAAAAAAAUCAGGAGAACUAUCCUUUCGAUGAUAAAACGCAUCUUCUGCACUACAUCACUGACCUUCCUUUUAUACAGUUGUUGAGUUUUUUUUACAUUCAUAUAUUCCCUGUUGAUAACUUUUUUCAAUAGGUCAUUGUAUCGAUUAUUUACGGGUGUAUUUGUUUCGUACUGAAAUAUUUUUCCUACAUUUUUUUUUAUCAAAUCAAUUUUUCAUUGAAUGUAGACCAUUUUUAGAUACUCUCAUCAGAGAAUUAAUUUUAUUCUCCUCGAAGUAAAUAUUCAGGGAUAAUGGAAACAAGUAUUGAAGUAACAGUUGAAAUCGAUGGAAAUUAGCUCCACUUUUUCGCCUAGAGUAUUUGUAUCUUUUGAAAAAGGUGAGGGAGGAAGCGUAAAUUAAGAAUAGAAGUGACAUGACGUGCACUAUUUUCAUCAAUGUAUCGUACCGCAACUUGUGAGUGUGAAUAAUUAAUAACCGUAAAAAUAGCAAUCCCAUUGACAAAAUUUGAGACGAACUCCAUGUAUUAAAAACGAAAUUUGCCAUGUGCAUGACAAAAUAUUUAAUAUUCUCUACUAAUCGAUUUGAUACGUAAAAUUUUUGAAUUUGAAUCUCAUAAGAAUUAUUUUUACAUCGAUUUAUUGGAUAAAACGGUAGAACGCACAACUGUGCUUGUCUUCCGAAUUCAAAAAAUAAAUAAUAAUCCAUUUGGUCGCCUUCAAAGGUGAAAGAAGGAUGAAUUGACAAUUAAA